AGCUCCGCGUAAACAUUAAAACAUUUUUCGUACGGUUCAGCGCUCCCAUCCGGCCGGCCGGCGCUCGUAGAAACUAGAAAAGUUUGUAGCGCGAUUUUUAGUGGAUUUAUUUUCAAAUUAAUUCAUUACUAGUUUUGUUUAAUGUAAGCACGUAUGCUAUGUUAACUUAAAUAUAUUACUAUAGUUGAUCUAUUUAUAAAGCUAACAAAAAUAAUUUAAAUUGAACGUUGUAUGUAGAUGAUUGUAUUCACAAAAAAGUGGGUAGGUACAUGCAAGGUUAUAAAGUUUGUUGUGAUUUCGUCACGAUUACGACGAUGGUGACUCAUUGAUAAAAAAAAGAAAUCGAAGUGAUAAGUCACACAGAAGACUGCAUAAUUAAAGAAAAUCAUUAAAAUGCCAAAAAAAACAAUAAAUAGAUAGAUGGAAAAUAAUUUUUCAUAAUUAAGGGAUUUUAUUACAGUGCAUAAAGAAUAUCCUGUGUAAAUAUUUUAUGUAAUAAAUUCUAACAUAUAAAAAAGCUUAUUUGCUUUGCUCGCCUUCUAAUUUAAAUGAUUGAACGAAAAACUGAUCUAAAGUAACAUUGAAGAUUAUAUAAUGAACCAUAAAAAGAGAAAAGUCACAACAAAUGAAGCUUUGAUCUGUUAAUUUAAAAACUAACCUUCGCAAAUGACGUAAUAAAAUAAAAAUAGGAGUGGUUUGCUAUUAUUAACAGCCUAGCAAGAUUAAAACUAGGUACGUAGUGAAUAGGUACUUAUUACGUUUGUUAAUUCCCAGUACUUAAUCGCACAUUACUCAUACGUAGGAAGAACAUGUGUAACAAUGUCUGUCGUAACUUGUGAAAUUGUUGUAUCGUUCUUUGCCAAAGUUUUUUUAAUUAAAUGAAAGAACAAUCAGUAAUGCCUAUCUUUUCAUAAUAUAAAACAGAAAAAUAUGUAUAUAUUUUCACACAAUUUCAAAGUUUCGGUUGAAUACUGAAAGAAGAUGCUAUUUUUGGCUUCUCGAUUUCAUGUAGAGUCGAUUGAACGCACGCAACAAAAGGUUUAACUUUUUUUAACUAGUACCUACGUAACCAUUAUAUUAGAAGAAGCCAUAUUUCGUCAAUUUUAUUGAUUUCGGCGUAAGAGGCACUAAAUAAAUAAAUUGGUCAUAUCCUAUGAUGUGUUCGAUCGACACGGCUAGAAGGUAAACGAUAAAAAAAUUGUAAUAAGUAUUUCUAGAAAUUCGGCAUUAUUACUCGGAAUGCCCAUGCGUGACUUUCGUCACAUAACUUUUGAAUUUCACCCUAUAAAUUUUUACGUGUCCCGCCGCUUAGUCAGUUCAUUCAAAACGGUGAAACCAGUCAGACAGGAGUUCAGUUAUACAGCUUCUGUCGGUUAGUUCAUUCAGUUAAGUCGCGGAGAACGUUUGUGUCAGUGCUUGAUCGGGAACACCGGUGUUUUAAUCGGGAAUACUUAAUUCAGAAACAUCCUUAUAUACUGAAUAUUGAUAAAACAAUGACGGAAAAUAAUCACAACUGUUAUACCAACGGCCGUUGGAAAAUGGCGACGAUAGACAAGCUGUUCCAGCCGGUGCAGGACAAAACCGACGACACGGGCAGCAAGGUCACCGUGGUGGGCGUCGGCCAGGUCGGGAUGGCGGCCGUCUUCUCACUACUCACGCAGGGUGUGACAAACAACAUUGCCCUGGUUGACGUGAUGGCGGAUAAGCUAAAAGGAGAGAUGAUGGACCUGCAGCACGGAUCCGCGUUCAUGCGCAACGCCAAAAUACAGGCUAGCACUGAUUAUUCAAUUUCGGCGGGUUCGAAGCUCUGCAUCAUAACGGCGGGAGUGAGGCAGAGAGAGGGCGAGUCGAGGCUGGACCUCGUGCAGAGGAACACUGAUAUCCUGAAACACAUCAUCCCACCGCUAGUGGAGCACAGCCCGGACGCGAUAUUCGUGAUCGCGAGCAACCCGGUGGACAUCCUGACGUACGUGACGUGGAAGAUCAGCGGGCUGCCCAAGCACCGCGUCAUUGGCUCGGGCACCAAUCUGGACUCGGCGCGGUUCCGCUACCUGCUGUCAGAGAGGCUGGGCAUCGCUCCCACUUCCUGCCACGGCUACAUUAUAGGCGAGCACGGCGACAGCAGUGUGCCUGUGUGGUCCGGGGUGAACAUUGCGGGCGUGCGCUUGAGCGACCUCAACCCCAAGAUCGGCACCGAAGCCGAUACGGAGAACUGGAAGGAGACCCACGAGAUGGUGGUGACCAGCGCCUACGAGGUCAUCAAGCUGAAGGGCUACACCUCCUGGGCUAUCGGCCUCUCGCUCUCGCAGCUGGCCCGAGCUAUCCUGUCCAACGCCAAUAGCGUGCACGCUGUGUCUACCUACUUGAAGGGCGAGCACGGAAUCGAGGAUGAAGUAUUCCUCUCCUUGCCUUGCGUGCUGGGCAGCACCGGCGUAUCGGACGUGAUCCGGCAGCCGCUCACCGACUCCGAGACCCAGCAGCUACGCAAGUCUGCCGAACUGAUGGCCCAAGUGCAGGCCGGAAUUAGGUUCUAAGCGGACCUCUGUUUCCUGACCUGUCCGGAUACGACCUCAACAUUAUUAAUUUUAUUUACAGUUCAAUUUUCAUGUAGGCAGUAGGCGUGUAAAGGUAUUGAACAAACUAAUCCAAAAAGAACAUUGUUGCUAGCAGUCAAAGCGAAAGCGUGAAUCUGUAAGCAUAUUUUCUAAAGAUCUCAUUGUGGUCAAACAACGGUUAUGUAUAACAAUUUUGAGCACUAUCUCAUUAUGUGUGGAGCUUUUUUUGUAUUUGUAUCGCAGUAUUUGACAGUAGGUAUGUCUUAUUAAUAUUUUGACAAUGAACGUUUAGAUUUUAAGAUAAUAACAAACCAAUGAUUGCUUAAUUUUAUUUUGAACAGGUUUAGGUCGUGUCGGACAGAUUGCCGCUUGCAUUGUUGCAUUUUAGUAAAUGUGCACUUGUGGAAAGAAACUUUCAAAAUUUUAAUGUUUUCUUCUUAAUUAAUGCACCAGCUAUUUAUUGUAAGAUCUUGUGAUAUUGACACACACGAUUUACCUCGUUUACGUCGCAAACAUAUAUUAUGACAUUUUAUGCAUAUUUAAUAUACGUAAAGUAAUUUAAAUGUCUAGGAAAAAUAUAUUUUAUUGUGUUGUAGAUAGAAAAGUUAAAAUUUCGUCAAACUCAGUAUUCGAUGUGUGUAGUUAAUGGCUAUUUAUUCUACCGAAUAGAAUGUAGUGAAUAGAGUAUUGUAGUAGUUUUGCGUUCAGUAUUAUUGCUUUAUUAUUUAUUAUAAAAUUAAAUUGAUUAUGAAAUACGGAGAUCAAUUUCUCACGGCAAUCUUUGAUUUAAUGUAAGUAAAACAUCUAGCAGUUAAAUUUAUAAAUAUUAAAAAAAUAUAUAAAAUAAAUGUAAGUAGGUAAAUUUAGUAUUCAAAAUACCUAGAUUGACAAGUAAAAUAGGAGCUUGCUUUUACGAUUGAUCUUUUUAAUCUACAGUUUCUUUUUAACGGUAAUGAUUUUUCGGAAAGCGUUGCGCAACCGCGAAUGAUUUUGUAACUUGUAUCCGAUUAAUUAAUGCUGUAAUUCGAUUUAAUUUAGUCAUCGAUUGUUAUGUUCUUUAUUGCGAAGUUACAGGCAAAGAACAGACUUUCUGUGUAACUUAAAACGUAUAAAAUUGAUCGCGUUUGCUUAUGAAAAUUGCAAACCGUACAUUAUAUUUGGAGAUGAUUUACAACUAGAUUUGAGAUUGUGAGAAUUUGUGUGUUGGCGCGAACUAAGUUGCACAGAUAGUAUGUAUCAGUAGUCCUGUAAUAACAAUGAGCCUUGGGUAGGUUGAAUAAGUGAUUUAUCAACAUUGUCUCGAAUUGAAUACCUAAUGUCUUAGUAGAUAUUAUUCUAAGUCUUCAAAUUUGACUGCCAACCUCUUGCACAUUAUUUAUUUAUGAUAUACGUGCGGUAAGUUGGUUAAUAAAAACGAUUCGUCUCGGGCUUACCAUGAGCCCGAGUUUGUAAAACCAAUCCACACGAAUGUUAUACAACGUUUUUCAACACAUUUGCGAGAAAAUAUUUUACAUAAUUAAUGAAACAAUUUUUUUAAUAUAAAAAUGUCGCGCUUACCAAAUGGCGCCUCGUGCAGGCGGUGAAAAUUAGAACUACAUAUUUCGUCUCUUUUUAUUUUUAGUAUUAAAGCAAGACAGGUUCGAGCGUGCAUAAUAAAUUUUACCGGAAGCUCCGCUGUAUUGCCUGUAAUUUUGUAUUUUCGAACAAUGUAUAGAACCUUCUUAAAUGCAUUUUUUGAGCAAAUGUGUUGAAAAGGUCUUUCAUUAUUGACAAGUGCAACCCAGAGGGCUCUCAAAAGUAUUUUAGUCUAUUCAUGAAGUAUUUAGAGUGAAACCAAAACAAUGUUACAGUAUACUAUUUAUUUUCAGCCUGCUUAGAAAUAUAUUAAAAGGUAGUCACAGUAACUAAAAACAUGACAUGACAGUUUAUUUUCUAUCUUAUGGUUAUUAUUAAAAUUGUUUUAAUUAUAUCCCAGAGAUAAAUAAAUGUUAGUUUCUUGAAAAGAGUGUUUUAUUAAUAUGACAGUUUAUUUUCUAUCUUAUGGUUAUUAUUAAAAUUGUUUUAAUUAUAUCCCAGAGAUAAAUAAAUAUUAGUUUCUUGAAAAGAGUGUUUUAUUUAAA